AUGAUCGAAGAAGUCCCUCAACCCUCUAUCCGAGGCCCCAAGAUCAUGGUCUCCUGCGUCGGCAUCGGUACCUUUACCGGUGCCGUCUUUCUCAUCGUACUGCUCUUCGUGGCAGGCGAUAUCGACGAGGUGAUCAAUUCUAGCGCGGGCCCGUUACUGCAGAUAUUCCUGCACGCGACGAAGAACACGGCGGGGGCUAUUUGUCUUCUUAUGCUCCCGCUCGUCUGUCUUGCCUUUGCAACUCUCAGCGUCAUGACGACGAGUAGUCGCAUGAUAUUCGCAUUUGCUCGCGACGGCGGCCUCCCAGCAUCGCGAUUCUUCGCGCACGUACAUCCUAAACUCGGACUACCGGUCAACGCGCUCGGAUUGACAGCCAUUGUGGUUGUGAUUUUUGGGUGUAUUUAUCUAGGGUCUACAAGCGCCUUCAACGCCAUCAUCUCUUCCUCAGUCGUCGCUCUGGACUUAUCCUACGCAAUGCCAAUUGCCGUGAACUGUCUGCGCGGACGAAACAUCCUGCCCGAUCGGUAUUGGAAAGUGCCAAGCGUGUUGGGAUGGGUUAUUGAUAUGAUCUCAUUAUCAUACAUUGCAUUGACUACGGUGCUGUUUCUCUUUCCGCCCGAAAGGCCUGUGACGGGGAGUAGUAUGAAUUAUUGUAUUGUCGCGUUCGCUAUCAUCGUGAUCGUCUCGGUCGUUCAGUGGAUUGUUGACGGCAGGAGGAAUUUCAAGGGACCGAGGGUGGAAGUUUAA